AAGGAAGGCAAUUUAGCUAAGUGCAACAACGACGAAGCAGAAACGAACAAACUUGCGGGAAAGAGUGCUGAAACGGUGUAUUUUUACCCGCCAAACCCGAGGUAGGCGAUUAGUGCUCACAUGACAGUAGCCAGUGGCAGCGGUCCGCAUUUAGAAACGACUACUAGUACUACUAUUUCGGGAUUCGGGAGGUCUACAGCCAACCAAUUCGUAUGCCAAAAGGCCAGGUGAUUAAUGAUGCGUGGUGCGCCAUUUGACGCAGUAAGCUGGCAACCGACCUAUCACCAACGGGUUGGCCGAAAAAACGACGUUAAAGAGCUCGUACAGGAUUGCGUUGGUGGCCCGGAACUACAGCAAACGAAAGCAAAAAUCCAGAGCCACAGUGACACGGUUUCGUCCACGUUGAAAAAGCAUGUCUACGAAAACUACAUGCAAUUCAUCGAGACGGCCAAAGAGAUAUCUCAUUUGGAAUCGGAAAUGUAUCAGCUGUCCCACAUCCUAAUCGAACAGCGAAAUUUACUAUCCACUCUAAGGGACGAAUCUAUGUUGGAUGAUCAAAAGUGUAUAAUUGAGGAUCAGAACAUCGAUCCGAACGUGAAUGAGGAACAACAAAACAAAAAAGCUAUUCAACUGAUCAAGGAAUCGUUGGUUGGUUACAAGGGAAAUUUGGACGAUAAAGUGUUUAUCUACGAGGGUAGUCUUCUCGAGUUGGAUACCAAUGAUAAUCGGCCUAUUUGUCGAAUUCAUCUUUUUCUGUUCAAUGAAGUUUUGGUGCUGGCCAAAAUUAAACACGACAAGAAAUUGGAGUUUCUUACGGAGUAUGACACGAAAAAAAUUGCUGUGAUCAACAUCAAAGAUCUGGACGGUGUCAACAAGAAUGCAAUUAACGUGAUUACCAGCGACGGUGCGCGGAUAUUCCAAUGUGUAAACUCAGCCUCCAAGCUCGAGUGGAUUGACAAGUUUGAGGUGGCAAUCAAAUUUCAUCAGCUAAAGCACAAAAAAGGACCGGCACCGCAACCUCCAACGUCAUUACGAUUCGAACAGAAGCAGCAAAAAUCCAUCGACAGUGAGCUGUGCCUUAGCCCGACCGCCUCGGAGGUAGCAGCGAUCGCAGAAAAUCUUGCCCCGGACUGGUUGGUUUCCGCACCGGAGGAAAUUCAGGCUGAGAUUGCUCAGCGUCACUUUGAAGACAGUUUGGCACUGGUGCAGAAGUGUGAGGAGUACCUGGUUAAGGACAGUACGUUUCGCGGGGCAUCGGAGACAGCGGGGAAAAUUAAGACACUGAAGAGUACCCUUUCCUCGGUGCUGAUGCAAGAGUUGUCCAGUUCGCAAAGCCGAAGCUUACAGGCAGCCUUGCGAUCCAGUCGUCGACCACUGAAACUGCUGGUUGAAAUGGGAAAAGCUCGGGAGGCGUCCGGAAUUUUGCUGCGAGUUUGCAGCAGCGCUAUCCGAACUUCGCAACGUCAAGCCAGACGCAAUAAUUUGGCUAUUUCGGAACUGUUCUUCUGCGACGUUGCACAGGUUGCCAGUGAAUUCCUGCGUGCGUUUAACAGUAAAGCGUCUUGCACUAGCGCCUUGAUUGUGUGGUGCAACAUGGAACUGCAGUAUUUUGCUUCCCAGUUGAUAAAACAUUACUUGACGAAGGACACCCAACUGGAAAUGGUCGCCGGAGUGGUGGAAGGCGUUCGCAAACCAUGCUCCAAGUUAACUGACAUUGGUUUGGAUCUGUCCUAUCACAUGGAAGGUCUGCUGAGGAAUACACUGGAGCAGCUGCUCGAUGAAGCCAAAUUCCGACUAGUAGAUUCGAUCGGUCGAACCGAAGACAUUUGGCAACCGUACAAUCUUCAGACCAAGACAAAUCUGAGGACUAUCGUCAAGGAAUUUGAUACCUUGGGGUUAGAUUUGAAACCACUGGUGACCGGGGACACUUGGUUGAAUCUCACUCAAACAACGGUCAAUUUCUGUCGGCAUUUUCUCACCACAGCCGAAAGUUGUGCCUACCUGGCGAAGUAUGAUUCGCUUAAAUUGGACACAGAAAUUCUUCUCAAAGAAUUGUUUUUGGCCCAGCAUGGAAUCAAACCACACGGCAUUCCAGGGAUUGACCUCAACUUUGUCUCCAAAAACAAAACUUACAUGAGUGAGGUUCUUCUUCCGAUUGCGAUAAAUCAGUUUAAGAAAAAUUCAGGCAAAACACCGGACAUCCUGGUGGAGCUUCAGUUGCAACUUCGAGGGCCACCCAAACCAAAGCCUCGUAGCGUUUACAAAACGGAUGUUAUCUAAAAUAACUGUCAGCAUUUGUCAACACGAUUAACAGAAAAUAUACUUAUUUAUUCCUCUUAAUAUUAA